AUGCGCUUCUCUUCAGUCACUUUCGGCCUCGCAGCUACCAUUGCUGUUGCUUCACCAGUAACAAUGGACCCUUACAAAGCCGGGGAUAACGUUGAUCCCGCCUUUGCCAAGUUUGUUGAAGAGUGGUACCGCAUCUCGGAGGACAAGGCCGCCACCACUACAUUUAGCGACUUCUUCGCGCCGGGUGGUCAGCUUAUCGUGGCCGGCUCAGUGUUCGACACGCCGGAAAAGAUUGUCGCCGUCAAACAGAACCUCCUGCCGCCCAAUGGCAACAAGGCGUGGUGGCAUCUGAUCCAGGGAUCGACGCUGGUGGCUGAUGACACCAAGACGCAGACUGUCAGCGCCAAGAUUAUCAUCCAGACUAUCUAUACCCCGGGCAACUGCUCGCAGGCGCAUGGAAACGCGGCAUUUACCGUCGCCAAGGAUGCGUCUGGAAAGCCGAACUGGGUACCGCACACGGGAGGACUGAAGGUCUAUAAUCUGGCUGUCAACACCGUCCAAUCUCCGACAGACGAGCCUUGCUCAAAGGCAUAA